UGUGCCUAAAAUGACAUAUACGUCUAAAAUGACACACCACAGGAAAACAAAAAAUAUUUGUUCUUUUAUGUAUCUGGCGCCAUCUAUACCAUGAUUUGUUACAUACCUGUCAUAUUCUGCAAUAUGUGAAGUUAGAUACCAUAUUUACGGUCUGUCAGUUGGUAAAUGUGUUUCCCGGUACUUUUGUGUAAUGUUGAUGGUGAACUUCUAGAAGGAAAAUCUAAAGAGGAUGGUUGGAAAAUACCAAAGAACAACACAGCGACAAUCAUGGGAUGUGCAGUCAAUGCAGAAUGCAGUACAAGCUGUGACCAAUGGACAGAUGGGUUGGCUUGCAGCUUCCAAACAAUUUAAUGUGCCUCAAGCAACCCUUCGACGUCGAGCUCAAAAUCGAAACAAACAAGUUCAUGGCGUUCAGAAGGGAUUAGGUCGAUUUCAGCAAACCUUUCCGGUUAAUUUGGAAAAGGACAUAGUGGCAUACGUCAAAAAAAUGGAAAAUUUGUUUUUUGGCAUAACCACUGUUGAAUUGAGACGCAUUGUGUAUGAAUAUGCACACAUUAAUAAAAUUCCAAACCGAUUUUCUAAAAAAUCGAAAAUGGCUGGGUGGGACUGGCUUAAAGGUUUCCGAUUACGAAAUCCUGAAGUUAGCUUAAGAAUUCCGGAAGCAACUUCUGCCGCCCGAGCCUUUGGAUUCAAUAGAGAGCAAGUUGGAAAGUUUUUUAGAUGUUUAAGUGAUGUUAUAAAACAACAUAACAUUGAACCCAUGAACAUGUAUAACAUGGACGAAUCCGGUCUCUCAUCGGUUCAGAAACCUCAGAAAAUUUUCGCCACAAGGGGUAAAAAGCAGGUUGGCCAGCUUACAAGCGCUGAAAGAGGAAGCCACACAACUGUAGUUUGCUGUAUGAGUGCAAGUGGCACAUUCAUUCCUCCAGCAAUCAUUUUUGCCCGAAAACAGUUUAAAGCAGAAUUAUUUGACGAGGCACCCCCAGGAUCUUUACCACUUAUUCAUGAAUCAGGCUGGAUGGUGGGAGAGCUGUUUGAAAAGUGGAUAAAGCACUUUGUAAAGCAUUCACAUGCUUCGCCGGAAAACAAAGUUUUGUUAAUUCUAGAUGGUCACGCCAGUCACAAGCAUGUGGCCUCUCUAGAGUAUGCUAAGUCCAAUGGCGUGAUUCUGUUAUGCCUACCCCCCCACUGCACACAUCGAAUUCAGCCGCUGGAUAUUUGCUUCUUUGGACCAUUAAGCACAUAUUAUAACCAAGAAGUAUCAAAAUGGCUAAAAAACAAUCCAGGGAGAGUUGUAACAACGUUUCAGAUUGCGAAACUAUUUUCAGUAGCAUACGGAAAAGCCGCAACUAUUUCAAAUGCCAUUAAUGGUUUUAAAAAUUCUGGUAUUUCACCGUGGAAUCCUGAUAUAUUUUCUGAUGAUAUGUUCGCUCCUAGUGAAGUUACAGGUGAACGGCUUCAAGAUGGCCCAGUUUGUAUACCUAGUACGUCCACGAUUACAACUGGAUUCGAUAAAACAGCUGGCUGUGCUUCAACAAUCUCUGAACCCACUACUUCAAAAUCCGUGGAACAUGAAAUUCUCGACAACCCUCCUAAUAAAUCUAUUGGUCCAAAUAUCACAGAAUGUCUUGUUCGUUUGGAAGACAUAUCUCCUGUACCAGUAAAUGCUUCAUUGCAGUAUAACAAGAACAAGAGAAAAACACAAUCCGCAGAGGAACUUACUUCAACACCCUAUUUAGAAGAAGCUAAAAGGAAGAAAAUUGAAAAAGAUGCUAGAGAAUUUCGAAAAUCACAAAGAAUGGCAGGAACAAAAAGAAAAAUUGUGAUAAGCAGCAAAACGGUCAAAAGCCAGAAAAUUGAAGAUUCUGUGCUGGAGGAGACCAGUGAUGAUGAUGGAAAUGGUUUAUAUUUUAACCCGUCUGUCGAUGAAGAUGAUGAUGCAGCAUGCAUCUAUUGCAACGAGCUGUAUUCGUUAUCAAAGCCCAAGGAUAAAUGGAUUCGAUGUCAAACUUGUUCAAAAUGGAGCCACACUGAGUGUGCAGGAGUAUCUUUUAAAAUAAAAAUGUUUACUUGUGAAUUAUGCCAUUAACAUAGCUACUAAUUUAGGUAUGUCAUUUUAACAAAGCACUUGUUGAUAAAAUGACAUAGUGUAGAACUUUAACUUGUAUUUUUUUUUCCCUUAACUAUGUGUUUUUUCUUCAAAGUAUUGCUCAUAAAAGUUUCAUAUAUGCCUGUUUAAGUUACUUGUAUUGGUUUGUCACGUUAAACUCUGAAUAAAAAAAAUUUUUCCGACAUCUCAAUUUUGGUAUGUCAUUUUAGGCACAA